AUGUUGGUGCGGGCUCUCCCUCCUGACGGCGGCGACGAGCUCGACGCGCGCGUGCUCGCGCUGCGGGCCAACGCCACGGAGCGUUUCCUCGGGAUGCGUGAGGCCGUGGCGGAGCUCACCGAGACGCACUGGGAUUUCUUCCCGAUCAGUGGGCCCCGCACCGUGAAGUGGGCGUGUGAGUUCGUGCGAGAGAAUGACGUGACAUUCAGAUCUCGGCACGCCAAGUUCAAGGCCGAGACGGGGCUGUCAUCCUCGGACCAGGACGUCUCCGUCCACGAGCUCUGCUGCCGCAGCAUGCACCUGCUGCUGACGUACGACCAGCUCAAUGGCAGCGAGCUGUCGUGUGCGGAGCUGGUGUGCCGCCGACUCCAGAUGGCCGAGUACCGCCAUCGCGAGAGGGUUCUCACGACGUCCCGAGGUGACGAGCUGCUCGAGGACUCGCACCUGUACCUCGGGACGGGCGAGACCCGCGGGCUGGUCUGCAUCUCGCCGAAGCCGCUCACGUUCGUGACGGACGAGCUCCACAAGGAGAGCCUCGUCCUCAAGGAGCGGCGGAAGCUGAAGGAGGAGCGGAUGGCCUCGCGGGGGGAUGACGCACACGGUGUUGGCGGCGGCGGUGACGGCAGGGCGCGGCUCUCAGGGAUGCAGAGCACCGUCGAUCGGCAGAAGUCGGAGAUCGAGAAGUUGAAGAAGCAGUUGCAGCUGGCCGUCGAGCUGUGGACCUGUGAGGUCGUCGCGGCGCUCAACUUCCUCAACGGGCGCCUGGGCGGCGACGGGUUCGACAAGCUAUCGGCGGCGCAGCUCACUGGCAUCGAGUCGCUCUACGGCCACCUGUUGGAGUUCGGGCCUCCUGAUGUCAGUCCCACGGCGGCCUACACUGAGCUGCGUGGUUGUUCUCCUGGGUACGACAUGUCCCCAGCGAAAGCGGUUCUGUUCACCGAAGGGAGCGUCGCGGUGCCUUCGGACUCCAGGAAGUGCGAGCCCGCCUACCUGUUGUCGGAGUCCGUGCGCGACUUGUGGCAGGACUGGGAGAAGCAUCUCUUGCGCCCUCGUAAGGAGUGGCUUGCCAAUGUACCACCUCACUUCGACGCCAGGUUGAAGAGCUCGCCGAAGCUCUACGCCAGUUUUUUGCACGAUUUGUUCAAUGCGGGCAUGAUCGAAUUCACCAGCGAGCGCAAGCACACGCUCGCGCCGUUCUUCGUCGCCAAGCGGGACGGGAGCGGCCAGCAGCGGAUGGUUCUGGACACCCGGCGUGUCAAUCGUAUGUUUUAUGACCCCGACGUCGCCGAGCUGCCGACGGCAGGCAGCUGGCAGAGCCUACGGCUCGGGGCCGACAGCAGCCCCUUCCUCGGUCAGUGUGACAUCGAGGCAGCCUUCUAUCGCUUCCUUGCACCACCUGGUCUGAGCGAGCUGAUGGUUCUUCCGAGUAUCGAUCGCGGUGUUCUUGCCAACGUGCUGCCGAGCGGCACUCUCGACGGCAUCGUCGGCCGCAAGUGUUCGCCUUGUCUGAAGGUGCUGCCUAUGGGCUGGAACUGGAGCUUGUUCUUCUGCCAGCACGCCGUUGAGGGUAUGCUGAGGACGGUAGGCAUCGGUGACCACAGGCUCGUUCACGAGAGGAAGGUGAUUCCCGACCUCGAGGGCGAGACCGUCGCCGCCGCCUACGUCGACGGCGUCGCCGUGAUCGGCUCCAAGUACGACGAGGUCGUCUCUCAGCUGGAGACGGUGCACGGCGCUUUCAACACGGCGGGCCUCAAGUGCAAGGAGAUGGAGCUGCCGAGCGAGCACCAGAAGUUCACAGGUCUGAUCUUUGACAGAGCGCUGCUGUGCCAGGCAUCCCAGCGUUACGCCACGGGAAAGGAGCUGGCCAGCCUGGCCGGACACUUCAACUGGGCGGCCCUUCUCCGCCGACCACUCCUGUGCAUCUUCCAGUCGACGUAUCGGUUCAUCAAGAAGGCGGGUGACAGCCGCUGGAGGAUAUGGCCCGAGGUGAUUCGCGAGCUGCGAGUCGCCGCCGCUCUCGUGCCCUUCGCCUACUACGAUGCGAAGCGGCCCGUGGACUCGACGGUCUACUCCACCGACGCUAGCACGGGCGACCUCGACCCCGCGGGCAGCUUGUAUGGCGGCUACGGGGUCACCAAGCGGGAGCUCGGCCAGCAGCUGGUGUUGGAGACAGCUCGGGUUCGCGAGCGGUGGCGGUACCACGUGGAGGGGGCCCUGCACGCUCGGGAGUUCGCCUUUGCCGCUCGCGACACCUCGGGGGCUCCAUUCGACGGGAUGUCCUUUGCCACUGUGAGCUCGGACGUCGUCUUCCCGAUGGAGACCUGGCGGAACGUGACCUUCGGCCGCUGGUGCCGCGAGGAGAACAUCCUGAGGCUCGAGGGGCGUGCCCUCGCGCUGGGCGUGCGCCACAAGAUGCGCGCCCUGCGGUCUCGGGGUCAUCUUCACCUCAUGCUUAAUGAUAACCUUUCUCUGGUACUGGGAGUGGAAAAAGGUCGGUCCGCAUCCCCUUUGAUCAAUCAGACCUGCAGAGAGUUGUGCAGCUACAGCGUCAUUCACGACAUGUCCGUAGCCGUGAGAUGGCUACCUUCGGAGUGGAACACCUCAGACAAAGGCUCACGCACCGUGACGGGCCAGCCGACUCCCUUUGCAACCGACCCGCGGAAUGUUGGCACGGCCUGGGCUAGCCUCGCUCGGGCGGCCGCUGACGAGAAGGCAAAUCGGGCGAAGCUCAGAGUCAUGAAGUUCGGCGGAGCCAACUGCGACCCUCGGCAUGGGCUGACCUUCUUGCAGAGGCACAAGGUGCGGGAGGCCACCAUCCGCAGCUUCGACAACCACGUGACCAGCUUCCUGGCCUGGGCCGCCGCGCCGUCGCUGGACGACAUCACGGCGGACCGCCUGGACGUCCUCCUGGCGGCCUACUUGGACAAGCUGUUCUGGGAGGGGGAGCUGGCGGAGACGGGCUCGCGGCUGCUGGCGUCCGUGCAAUACAGGCUGCCGCGCGUGCCGCGACCGAGGCACGGCGGCCUUCCGCUGGCGCGGGCCGCGCUCUCUGGCUUUCGAGUGCACUCGAGGAGCACCCCGAUGACGCCCGUCGGGAAGCCGAUCGUCUGGGCGUUGAUCGGGAUCGCCGCGCUCGAGGGGGACUUCGAGUGGGCGGGGGCGGUCGCGCUCGCAUGGGACGCGAUGAUCCGCCUCCCGAGCGACCUCGUCGGCAUGACGGUCGACACGCUGGUGGGCCCAGGCCGCGACGCGGAGCCCCGCUGGGCGCUGUUGCUGCACCCGAUCGAGGGAUCAGCCUGCAGCAAGUCGCUCGCGCAGGACGAGGGCGUGCUGCUGCGGAGCGCGGCCUGGCGUGGCGGAGGCGGGAGCUUCCUGAAGCUGCUCCGCGCGGCACGGCCCGUUGGGUCGCCCCUGUGGUCGUUCAGCGCGGCGACCUUCGGCGCCGAGUUCCGACGACGGCUGUCGCUGGUCCCAGGCGCGCCCGACAUGAUCCCGUACCAGAUGCGGCACUCUGCGGCGUCGCACGCCACGGCGGUCGAGGGCAUGCCCCUGGCCGAGCUGCAGGCGCGUCUGCGCCACACGAGUGCGCAGAGCACGGCUCGGUACUCACGGCACGUGCGCUACCUCGCGGAGCUCGAGAAGGUCGACGCCGGGGUGUCGGAGUGGGCCCAGGAGGUCGAGGACAGCAUGGGCCAGAUCCUCGGCCAGCAGCGGCGGCCACGGCUUCCUCGCUUUCUCAAGGUGGAGGCGCUGGCGUUCGACAG